AUGACGGCAGAUAACGUUCGCAACCACGGUGGAAAUGCCUACAACUUCAUCAUCAUUUUCACCGUGGCCCUGGGUUCCUUCGCCUUUGGGUUCAACGCCGCGUCCUUUGGAUCUGUCAUGGGUCUCCCUGGCUUCUUCUCGUACUACGACAUCUCGUUGAUUGACGGUGGUUCGGCGUCUAACCGUAUCUUGGGGGCUUCCAACGGCACCUAUUAUGGAGGCGGUCUGAUCGGUUGUCUCUUCGCCGCUUGGCUGGCCGACAAAUACGGUCGUAUCCGCAAUUUACAGAUUACCUGUGCCAUUUGCGUGGUCGGCGCUAUUAUACAGAGUGCUUCGGUGCAUAUGGCCAUGUUUCUCGUCGGCCGUACUAUCGGUGGUGCAGGGUCUGGAAUGAUUGUUGUUUCCGUCCCCAUUUACCAAUCCGAGGUCUCGCCUGCCGCACAAAGAGGUCGCAUGGUCGGCCAACACGGCUUUUUGUUGGUGGCUGGAUACGCGGUUGCAGGAUGGAGUGGUUUUGGGUGUUAUUUCCAGGCGAAUCCCCAGAUCCAAUGGCGUCUACUUUUGGCACUUCAAGUCGUCGCCCCUCUUGCCCUUAUCGUGGCCUCCCCGUGGGUGCCUGAAUCUCCCAGAUGGCUUGUUCAUAAGGCCAAGGACGAUCGCGCCAUGGACAUUCUGAAGAAGCUCCACCACACGUCUGAAGACGUCAACGACCUGAUGGCCCGCGAGGAGUACUACCAAAUCCAUGCGCAGAUCGAGUACGAAAGGACCAAGCCGAACAAUCUGUGGGCAAUGUGGAAAGUUCCCUCAUACCGACGUCGUCUGGUAAUCUCAUGGUGCCUUCAAUUUUUGGCCCAAUCUACCGGGUGUGUUGUCGUCGCCAACUACCAGGUAUUGCUAUACAAUAACCUAGGUCUUCACGACUCGAUUCCACUCCUCCUGGCCGCAGUCUACCUCUCCUGGGCUGCCGGGUGCAAUUUGUUUGCUGCUAUGGUCGUGGACCGCUGGGGCCGUAUCCUCAUGAUCACAGUCGGAGUCUUCGGCUGCCUCGUGAUGCUCUCCUGCACCACCGCCAUGAUUGCCUGCUUCGCGGGAACCGACAACAAAGUAGGCAAUGGAUUCGGGGUAUUCUUCAUCUUCGCCUUGGUCGGCUUCUAUGGCAGCUGCAUCGACGCGAACUCGUUCAUCUAUUGUACCGAGAUAUUCCCCACCCACGCGCGCGCACAGGGCCUGUCAUUCGCCUUCACCGGGUAUCUCGUCGCUGCCAUCAUCUACAACGAGGUCGCCCCGACCGCUUUCGCCAACGUCGGCUACAAGUUUUUCUUCCUCUUCAUCGCCCUCAUGAUUGUGGGCCUCCCACUCUUUUGGUAUUACAGCCCGGAAACCAAAGGCCUGACGUUGGAGGAAAUCGCCACGUUGUUUGGUGACGAAGUUCUCAUCGAUCUCUCAAACAUGACAGCCGAAGAAAGGGAGAGGUUGGAUCAAGAGCUGAUGAAGUCUGAAGGCCCGGACUUUGUCAAGGAGAAGACUCUGGUCAUCUCGGAGGAACGUGAAUACAAGGGUGCCUGA